AUGACGCUCACUCUCCUUCUGCUUGGCCCUAUCACCUUGUACUUUACUGCGCUCGCUGCGUGGCACAUCUUCCGACGGAUCUUGCUGGCCAAUGUUGUCUGCAUCAAUGAUUUUCCUCUCCUUCGGAACGGCCGUCAAGCCCAAGACAAAGUUCGCGGAACGGCAGUUGUGUGCGGUGGAAGCAUCGCUGGCCUGUUGACAGCUCGUAUCUGCCAUGAACACUUUGAACGAGUUCUUGUCAUCGAGGCCGAAGAAUGGGCUGCCUCGGAGGAUGCCCGUGCCGUCGACGGCUGGAAGGCCAAUAUGAAGCACCAACGGACGCGGAUUAUGCAGUUCAAUUCUCUCCAUGGUAAUCAGCCCUACAUAUACGCCGGCCUCCAAGUACUCUUCCCAAAUCUUGCGGAGGAAUGCGCGCGGUCUGAUAUCAGAAUCGCAUCCCAUAAUCCUCUAUUCAGUCUGUCUGGCGCAAGUUGGAAGCUACCAUUCACUUCAUAUAAGGAUGGCAUUCUUCCACGAACUUUGCUUUGCGCUCGUCCGGGAACCGAAGCACUCCUUAGGCGAUUAAUCCUCGACAAGACAAUUUACCCUAAUAUCGAGUAUCUGGCGGGAACUGUCACAGAUGUUGUCCCAGACCCUGCCAAUGCAUCUCGUCUAGGAAAAGUUGUGGUUCGCACCCGUUCAGGGAUCCAAGAGGUGUCUGCCGCGCUUGUGGCUGAUUGCACGGGGAUUACUCGUGCAGGCCUCAAAUGGCUGACGCGGCAUGGCUACGGGGCGCCUUCGGAGCCGUUGCCGAAAGACAAACUGCCUUUGGAUCAAAUCAAGAUCUCAUUCGACCAAAAACUGCGUUACUCGACGAUCAUAUUCAACCUCAGUCAAGAGUUCCAUGAUAGUUUGCCUCUUCCGGACGAUCUCAAGCCUCUUCGGUCAAUCAUCAGCUUCCUCGAGGACCCAACGGAGGAGGUUCUGAAGCGCGGGAGGGCUUUUCUUUGUGUGAUGAGAUUCGAUGCCAACAUGCUUGUUGCGUUUGUCGGCCAUUAUGGAACUGUGCGGCCUCAACCGAGAAAUGCGGCUGAGAUGAAGGAGUAUGUGCGCGACUUGCAUGUAACGAUACCGAUACCAGAGUGGAUCUUCGAGCUCUUCGAUAAGCUCCAAGAAGUCGAGGACACAGACGCGACCCACUCGUUAGUUAGCGUUCCCCCGACAACUUACGUUCGUUACCAUCUUGCGACUAAUCUGCCUACCAAUUUUAUCGCACUGGGCGAUAGUGUUAUGACCGUCAAUCCGCUGUUUGGAGAAGGAUCGUCGAAAGUCAUGCGCUGUGUAAUGGCAUUACACAAAACCUUAUUCCGUGCCAAGGAUACCUCUGGCACCAGUCUCCCAGAGUCCUUUUCCGAAGACUUCUUCAAGGAGGAGCAUAGAAGGACAGACUGGUUAUGGGAGAACACGCGCACUAUGGACUAUGGCGCACUCACCACGGAGCCCAUCGCGGGUGACUCGUUGUCCAGAGGCGCAUUUGCCAGAUGGUAUGCAACGCAGCUCCAACGGCUGGCAGUAACGGACAACCAUGCCGGAAAAGUGAUGUACCAGUCGGUAGUAGGAUUUGCGACGCCAAUUGACGCGUUGCAUCCACAUUUGCUCGCCAAAAUUCUGUGGGCAGGUCUGCGGGCGUGA